AUGUUCUCGUCCGCCUUCAAAUCCUUUACCUCGAAUAUAACAUCCAACUAUGAAGUGUCCAAAUCUCCAUCUGCGACUGUAGGGGUCUGGACCAUCUUCGAUGCCAAGAAGAAGAACAGUGGCACACAGGCGUCGAUUUUCAUUUUUGACAGGAAAUCGCUCGAUGUCACCAGCAGUGGGUUUGGAGCACGUGCUACCAGUGCCACGUCGGUCCGCAAGAUCCAAGAUGAAGUUGUCGAGCGCUUGAAGAAGGAAGCCAGCAGCCUGGCGCGCCUCCGCCAUCCCUCUAUUCUGCAACUGCUUGAACCCGUCGAAGAAACCCGCAGUGGAGGGUUGAUGUUUGCAACAGAGCCGGUCUUGUGCUCCUUAUCCGCUGCCCUUGCAAAGAAGGAUCGGAGUGGGAAUGGAAGGGGGAAGAGUAUCUCGCGGUCUACGUCGAACGAUGGAGCCACUUCUCGCGCACAGGACGACGUGGAAAUCGACGAAUUGGAAAUCCAGAAGGGGCUGCUGCAGGUCGCGAAAGGGCUGGAGUUCCUACACGAUUCUGCUAAGCUUGUCCACGGGAAUUUGACCCCAGACGCCAUCAUGAUUAAUGCCAAGUCAGACUGGAAGAUCUCCGGACUCGGCUUUGCUGGGCCGCCGGACGGAGCAGAAGGACACCAACCUGUCCCUCAAAUUUCUCUCUCUGAAGUGCUCCACCACGACUCUCGAAUUCCUCGAACAGUUCAAUUGGACCUCGACUAUACUUCCCCUGAUUUCGUGCUCGACUCAAACAUCAACUUCUCGGCCGACAUCUUUUCACUGGGUCUAGUUGUCCUCGCAUGCUACAGACAGCCUCAUAGGUCACCUAUUGAAACCCAUGGCAACCAGUCAACGUAUAAAAGGAUCUUCAGCAGCGCUUCCACUGUCCCAACCGGCGCUAACAACUAUCUCUGCGACGACACCUUACCGCGCGAGUUGAAUGUCACGUUACCGAGAAUGUUAACCAGGCGACCAGCGCAGCGAAUGACUGCCAGUGAGUUCCAGCAAUCGCAGUACUUUGACAAUAUUUUGGUGAACACUAUGAGAUUUUUGGAUGCAUUUCCGGCAAAGACUCCUGCAGAGAAAUCUCAAUUCAUGAAGGGCCUUGGUCGAGUCCUUCCUCAAUUUCCGCCUUCGGUCCUGGGAAAGAAGAUCCUUAGUGUUCUUCUGGACGAGAUGAAGGACCGGGAAUUGCUCCCACUCAUCAUGCAAAAUAUCUUUCUGAUAGUCAAAGCUGUCCCUUUCAGCAAAGAGCUUGUCUCGGACAACAUCCUGCCUCGGAUGAGAGAGAUAUUCUUAUCCAAAUCGAAGUCUGAAGAACGGGAUAGCGGGAAAGAGGCUGCUUUACUGGCAGUUCUCAACAACAUUCAGCUCCUUGCCGAAAAUUGCUCUGCGAAACAGUUCAAAGAUGAUGUCUUGCCCAUUGUCCAUGUAGCCAUGGAGUCAUCAACCCAUUCAAUCACCGAUGCUGCAUUACAGACAUUACCGGUGGUGCUUCCUUUAAUCGACUUCUCAACGGUCAAGCAUGAUCUGUUCCCCGUUGUGGCCAACGUUUUUAGCAAGACCAACAGCUUGACUAUCAAGAUUCGAGGUCUCGAGGCGCUUGGGGUACUUUGCGGCGUCUCAGCCAAACAGACGGAAAACAACAUCGACGACUUUUCCGGGAAGGGUCAUCCAGAAAAGCAGGACAAGAAUGUUUCCAGCUUAGACAAGUUUACCAUGCAAGAGAAGAUCGUCCCUCUGUUGAAAGCAAUCAAAACAAAAGAGCCAGCAGUGAUGAUGGCGGCUCUGAAAGUGUUCCGACAGAUCGGGACCGUUGCAGACACUGAUUUCUUAGCCAUUGAGGUGAUGCCUAUCCUUUGGAAUUUUGCUCUGGGCCCUCUGCUUGACCUUUCCCAGUUCAGCGCCUUUAUGGAUGUCAUCAAGUCUCUCUCGAGCAAGAUCGAGCGCGAACAGAUUCGUAAAUUGCAGGAGCUCUCUUCGAGUAGGACUUUAGAGUCGAGGACCACGCCCUCGUCACAGAAGCAGAUUGGCAACGGCGUCCACCAAGCUAAUCAGAUCGGAAGCACAGAAGACGACUUCGAGAAACUCGUCCUCGGAGACAAGAACGUUGACAAGACGGAUGUUUUUGCAGGUGCCCUUUCUGAGGGCCAAAAGUUGACCCCAAAUCCGCCUUCCUUCUCAUGGGCUCCGAUGAGCGCUGCCGCCAGCACGAAUGCAUUGGCACACCAACUGUCUCCCUCGUUGCCCGUCCUUCAACCACAGCCUUUAUCUCGCUCGAUCACUCCGGAUGUCAGUGCCUCGGCAUUUCCAAGUCUUAAGCCUACCCAACCAUCAUCGACUUCUAUUUGGGGAACAUCUUCACCUUCACCGAUAUCUCUGCAGAAUCAACAUCAGGUGCUGCAACCGUCGAAUUAUCUCUCUAAUCCUGCAAGCAGCAUGUCUCCGCCGACUGCGACAUCAAAUACGACUUGGCAGCUUCCGCCGCCUCCUGUAGUGCAAGGGUCUCUUAAUUCGGGAUUUGCGCCCAUGAUAGCUCCGCCUCCUGCAGGUAACACCCAGAAGACUGCUUGGCCACAGCCAAACUACAACAAUUUCGGCGUGUCCUCGCAGCCAGGGCCUAGAUUCAGUGCGUCAAUGAACGUGCUGCAGCCGCAAAGGACUCAGCAGCAAACGCCUCAACAGCAGAAAACAGGCCUGGACAAAUACGAAUCUCUGCUCUGA